UUUAUGGUGAUCACAGCUCAAUGAGUUUCUGUUCUUCUGUGUUCAGAUCGCUGUGGAAGGACGCAGAGAGAGUCGCCAUGUUUGAAAAUGUCCCUGCAGUGUCCUCAGCAGAGCGUCAGCAGGUUCUGGGAGCUCUGGAGCGCCUGCAGGCCAAACUGGUGCAGCAGGAGGAGUGGACCCACAGCGAAAACCUGGUGACCCUGAGAGAGACCCUGCAGAGUCCACUUUUCAGCCACAUCCUCACCCUCCAGCACUCCAUCAGACAGCUCCGAAACCAGUUGAGCAUUAUGCCGCCUGAGGUCUGCAGCGAGUUCAGUUUCUCUAAAAAGGGUCAGCUGAUCAUGAGCACCAUCAGCCCUCCCAGCAGCAGCAGCAGCAGCAUGGCCCCGCCCACUCUGUCAGCCUCUUCCUCCAUCCUGACCAACAGUUUGGCACUGCCCUCGACCGACUUGCUCCAGAGGUGGAUCAUCGCUGCAAGCAAGGGCCGUCAGACCGAGCAGGUCAGUCUGUCCCGGCCAGCGUCGGGCGGUCUGGGCUUCAGCGUGGUCGGUCUGAACCCUGCAGGAAGCAGCAGUCAAGGUGUCUUCAUCAAACACAUCCAGCCUGGAGGCGUCGCUCACAGGGACGGACGUCUCCAGGAGAGGGACCAGAUUCUGGUGAUAAAUGGCAGUGCUCUGGAGCCAGGGAUCAGCCAGCAGCAGGCGCUGUCCCUGCUGCAGCAGCCUGGAGAGAGGGUGGACCUGGUGGUGGCCAGGGACUGCGCACCGAAUGCAUCGCCACCACCCACCACUGCCAUCAACCCGGACCAGUGGGGUCACAUGGAAGAGAUCGAGCUGGUGAAUGACGGAUCUGGGUUGGGCUUUGGAAUCGUGGGAGGGAAGGCUUCCGGGGUGGUAGUCCGGACCCUCAUCCCAAACAGCGUUGCUGACAAGGAUGGACGACUUCGCACAGGUGACCACAUCCUUCGCAUUGGGGCCACGCCCACAACUGGGCUCUCCAGCGACCAGGUGGUCAAGGUGCUGCAGGCCUGUGGGAGCCGUGUCACUAUGCUGAUUGCCAGGGACCACAAAGGUCAGAGGUCAGCACCCCAGCCACCUCCACUGCCUCCAGAUUCUGCACCGGUCUCCUCCAUUGCAUCACAACCCUCACAGCUGCACAACCAACGCCGGGUCAGCAAGACGCCCAACCUGGAGGGUUAUGAGAUCCAUGAAGUUCCUCUAAUGAAGAAGGAUGGACAGAGCCUCGGCAUCUCAAUCAUCGGCCACAACCCGCUGACCAGCCAGGAUGCAGUGGGCGUGUUCGUGAAGCAUGUUGUUCCAGGAAGUGCAGCCGAUGAAAGUGGAAACAUCAGAGUCCACGACCGACUGAUCGCUUUGGAUGGCAUCAGUCUCCACGGCCUGACCAAUCAGGAGGUGCUGGAGGUGAUGAAGCAGACGGGUCAGACUGUUCUUCUCACUGUAGUCAGGAAAAAACCCAGAGUCCAGGAAAGGUCCUUGGAUAAAGUGGAGAGAGAGCCGUCUCGAGUGUCCUUGAAGAGGUCACAGGAGGUCAAAGCUCGCUCGCCUGUUCUGGGCUCCAUGAUGGGGAAACUAGAACCAUCCUACAUCAACACCGCACCGCUAACCAGGGCGUUGGAACCUGAGCUGAGGGCCAAGUGGGAGCAGGCACUCGGACCGCAGUACGAAGUCAUGGUGGUGGAGCUGGAUCCUGUCAUUGAAGAUUUUGCUGAGGUGCAAAAAUACUCCAAGUUGCUGCCCAUCCACACACUGCGCCUUGGUGUCGAGUUGGACUCAUUUGAUGGUCACCACUACAUCUCUUUUGUGGCUCCUGGAGGCGCCGUGGACAAACAUGGAGUCCUGAGACCAGAAGAUGAGCUGCUGGAGGUUAACGGUGUUCAGCUUUACGGGAAGUCUCGUCGGGAAGCUGUGUCCUUCCUCAAAGAGGUGCCGCCACCUUUUACUCUGGUCUGCUGCAGACACCCGACCUCUGACAUGGAACCGGAACCAGAACCAGAACCUGCACUGAGACCUGAACCAAAUGUGGAUGAGAUGGAACUGAAGCUGUCAUCAUUCCUGAGCUUAGACAAGCAGCACAAACGUCAACAGCCUGAUGGUCUGUUCUCACAUCAUCAGCAGGCAGCAUCUCUAGAAGAGGAGCCUGAAGAGGAGGAGACACAGUGCAAACAGCAGCAAGAGGAGGAGGAGGAGGAGGAGGAGGAGGAGGAGCUGGCUCUGUGGUCUGCUGAUGUUCAGAUGUUGGAGCUCGAGAAGGAGAGCGGCAAAGGACUUGGCUUCAGCAUCCUCGACUAUCAGGACCCGCUGGACCCUGGUCGCUGUGUAAUGGUGAUCCGUUCUCUGGUUCCUGGUGGUUUAGCGGAGCAGCACGGUGGUCUCCUGCCUGGAGAUCAGCUGGUCUCCGUCAACCACACGCAGCUGGACCUGCUGACUUUGGCCCAAGCCGUGGAGGUCCUGAAGUCCGCCCCACCUGGCGCCGUCCGCCUGGGCAUCCGCAAGCCUCUUGUGGUUGAAGGACCAGAGGGGAGGACGAGGACGGAGGACAGCAGCCACGUUUUGCCUCAUGACCCACACCUGCCUGGACCAAAGAGUUCCAGUGACAGCGUCAUUCUACCCGAAAACCUUCACAAAAAUGAGGAGGAGGAGGAGCCAGAGCUGAUCUUGGAUGGAGGCGUCCCCCGUUACACCUCUGUGACUUCUGACCUUCUGCCUGUGACAGCGGAGGAAGAUGGGAGAGAGAUGGCUGUGGAUGAGGAAGAGGUGGAGGAGCUGCAGGAGGAGAAGGUGGAGAGCACAGUGGAUUCCCUCCCCAGGAGAGGCCCUCCAUCGUGGGAGGAGUGGAAGCUGGCCUCCUCGAGCGGGUCAGUGGGAGCAGAGGAGAUUUUGAGAGAAAAGGAGCAUCAGGAGUUUGGUGUGGAAGAGGAGAUAAAGGAGGCCCUGCAGAGCUCAGACUACGAAACCAGCUGGACUCCUGGGAAUCGUCUGGGAUUUCCAGACUUCAGAGACAGUGAAGCCAACUCGGAGCUCACUCUGACGGACACAGACACCGAGUCUGUGAGGGUUCCUGACUCCAGCAGGAGGAAGAGGCGGAGCCAGGCCAGAGUUUCUCUACCAAUCGGAGGAGUCCAGCGUGACCUUCCUGAACGAGAGGAUGGGGAAGGGGAGGAAACUCCCACUUUCAGCCACUGGGGGCCCCCACGCAGGGUGGAGGUGUGGCUGGAGGAGGACCAGUCUCUGGGUCUAAGCAUCGUGGGGGGGCGUGAUGUCAUCAAGCGUCUGAGGAACGGGGAGGAGCUGAAGGGAAUCUUCAUCAAACAGGUUUUACCGGGCAGCCCCGCUGCCAAGACCCAGUGCCUGAAGACUGGCGACAAGAUCCUGGAGGUAUCAGGUGUGGACCUGCGGGCCGCCAGCCACGAGGAAGCAGUGGGUGCCAUCAAAUCAGCUCCCAGCCCCGUGGUCUUCAUCGUGCAGAGCCUGUCUGCCACCCCGCGGCCUGUCUCUGUAAUGGCUUCCAGCUACAGCAAACACAAAGCAAAGAGGACAGACUCUCCGAAACCAGCAGUGUUGCCCCCUCUCAGGCAGCCCCCACCCUACAGACCGCCCAUGCAGGCAGACCAGGACCCUAACCCUGAUCUGGAGCAGGCCAAAGAGCAUUGGUGUGAGCAGGAUUUGGACCUGCAGGGGGAGCUGUUGUACGUGGAGCUGGAGAAGGAUCGGCAGGGUUUGGGUCUCAGCUUGGCCGGGAACCGGGAUCGUUCUCAGCUCAGCAUCUUCGUCGUGGGACUUCACCCCGGAGGACCUGCUGCUCGCGAUGGACGGAUCCGGGUUGGAGAUGAGCUGCUGGAGAUUAACAGUCAGGUUCUGUAUGGGCGGAGUCACCAGAACGCCUCUGCCAUCAUUAAGAGCGCCGCUGCCAAGGUGAAGCUAAUCCUGCUCAGGAAUGAAGAUGCUAUAAAUCAGAUGGCCGUCCUCCCUUUCCCAAAGCCACCACCGCCGCCCACCGUAAGCCCCGAGUCCGUGUCUGCAGCUCCUGUCCCUGCGUCUGUCUCCAGAGAGCGGUUCCUCCUUCCUGACAGUCUCACCCUCCACCCUUCAUCAGACUCACCGGAGGAGGCCAACGAGCACCAACAGAACAGCAGAAGCAGCAACAGCACCCCCGAGUGUCUGACAGAUUCAGAUGUUUGUACCAAGGUGCUGGCUGAAGCAGAGUCUCCAGAAAAUGGGCUGCAGGCUCUCAAGGCUCCACUGGAACAGCAGUCCUGCAGGUCGUCUAGUGACUCCAGGAACCAGACGGCACCGGCACCUUCACCUCCCCUGAUCAGCCCCGACCUGCAGACUGCCAACAGAGACCCAUCUAGUUGUGCCAUUGUUCCUGGUCAGGAGACUGUGUUGGAGAUCUGUAAAGGUCGAUCGGGGCUGGGUCUGAGUAUUGUUGGAGGAAGAGACACUCAGCUGGAUGCCAUAGUGAUCCAUGAGGUAUAUGAGGAAGGAGCUGCAGCCAGAGAUGGAAGACUCUGGCCUGGAGACCAAAUCCUAGAGGUCAACGGCGUGGACCUCCGCAGUGCCUCUCAUGAGGAGGCCAUCAAAACGCUGCGGCAGACCCCAGCCAGGGUGCGUCUGGUGGUCCUGAGGGAUGAGGCUCAGUAUCGUGAUGAGGAGAACUUGGACAUCUUUAAGGUGGAACUACAGAAGAAGACCGGCAGAGGGCUGGGACUCAGUAUUGUCGGGAAAAGGAGUGGCAGCGGUGUGUUUAUCUCUGAGGUGGUCAGAGGGGGCGCUGCUGAGCUGGACGGUCGUCUGAUGCAGGGGGAUCAGAUCCUGUCCGUUAACGGCGAUGACAUGAGACACGCCUCACAGGAAACUGUUGCUGCCACGCUGAAAGGUGUUGGUGACUCCCUUGGGGUGAGUAUAGCGGGAGGAAAGGGCAGUCCGCUGGGGGAUGUGCCCAUCUUCAUUGCUAUGAUUCAGGCUAACGGCGUCGCUGCGAAGACACACCAACUCAAAGUGGGCGACAGGAUCGUCAGUAUAAACGGUGACUCUGUGGAUGAUCUCACACACAGCAGUGUGGUCAACAUGCUGAAGAACAGCUACGGAAUCAUCAGUCUGCAGGUGGUCGCAGACACAAACAUCAGUGCCAUCGCCAGUCAGGUGGAGAGUUUGACCAGCAGCUCCAACACAGACGCACACACAGCAGAGCCUGAGGGUCCACAGCCCCGUAGCAUCCGUCUGGAAAAAGGUUCUGAGGGCCUCGGCUUCAGCAUCGUCGGAGGCUUUGGGAGUCCACACGGAGACCUGCCCAUCUACGUCAAGACUGUCUUCAGCAAGGGCGCCGCAGCCAUGGAUCGGCGGCUGAAGCGUGGAGACCAGAUUCUGUCAGUGAAUGGAGAAAGCCUGCAGGGGGCGACACACGAGCAGGCUGUUGCCAUCCUGAAGAAGCAAAAAGGAAGCGUCACGCUGGACGUCCUCUCCUAACACACACACACGAACACGGAUGCUCACAGAUGGAUUACAGCGAAACAUGACUACAGCACGAUGCUCCAUCAUGGAUCCGAGCGCUCAAGUUACUAACAUGCAAAAAAAAAAAAAAAACAACCUUCUGACCGUUUCCAGCAUGGACAUACUGCUUCU